AAGGAGGCGGUUUAUGGCUUUUUGGCUCCGCCCCGCUCUUUCAAGCGAGUGCAGGUGGAGCGAGCGUCUCACCUGCAGCUCAACUCCCUCUCUGCACUGGAUCGAGCGUCACGUGGACAUGAAGCUGCCAAGGGUGAAGACUGAAGUAGCACCACUCGGCAUCUGUCAGGACUAAACCAUUCAUCUCCUGACAAUCUCUGGCAGUGAAAAUUGGAGGAGGAAAUGAUGAGAACAUCGCAGAAGUUGUCAGACUUCGCUCUGGACCAUACGGGACCAUCCACGAUGUUGGUAGACCUGUGUGGUAGCACCGACUGAUCCUUAGAUGUCUGUUUCUACCAUUAGGUGUUUCUUCAGUCUUGGUACUGUUGAUCGCCAAUGAGCUCGAAAAUAGCGGCUUGUGACUGAGGAGGUUGUUGGACAAGCAGCCCACCAAGGUGAGCUUGAAGCAACCAGCCGUGAUGUUGACAUGCAGGGCCCUGCUUGUCACCGAGGCGCUGCUGUUCUACGCAGUCCUGAGUCACAGCUGGAGACCCUGCACAGACCUGCUGCCUCUUGACCUCCUGGCCAGGGUGUUGCCGCAACAAGGGCAAGCCACGUCCCCACAGGUGCAGUUGGUACAGUCCAGAGGGUCCAGAGGUCUUCGUUUGUCCAGUUCCAUGGCAACAUUGCUGAGUUUUCCUGCCUCUCAAAUCUUCAUCAACUGUGACUUCUUCCCUGCUGAGUUCUCAUUGGUCACUACUUUCAAGAUGCCGAGGCUGAGACAGAAGAGGAACGAGUAUAUCUUCUCUAUGGUGGGGGAGGAGGCGGAUUCACUGUUGCUGGGGUUACGUGUUUCACAGAACUGCAUCCAUUUAAUGGUCAAUCAUCCUAGCGCCGGGAGACGGAGCCGGCUGACCUUCAAGGAAGUGCGAUUGGACGAUAACCACUGGCACACGAUAGUGCUGGCCGUCACUGGACCGCACGCGGCUCUGACCAUCGACUGUGGACUGCCGCUGGAGCUUACACAUGUUCACCCCUUCCCUGCCGCCUUAAGCACCAGAGGGUCCAGGGUCUUCAUCGGUACCAGGAGGAGGAGAACGGGACGCUUCUCUGGUUUACUACGUCAGCUGGUUCUGCUGCCUGGUUCAGAUGCCACUUCUAGGCUGUGUCCGAGCUCAGACCCCCACCUGGCAGAGCUGGUUGUCCCCCAAGUCCUCAUGUCAACACCCAUCAGGUCAGACUGGCCCGGUCCAGUUUACCCUUACGAGGCGGAGGUGACGGUGACAGCAGGGAGUCGUCCGCCUUGUUCCCGUGCAGAAGAAGGUCAGCUGUGGUUUAAUGUUCCCAGGAAAAGUGUCCACAUGUGUGACGGCCUCAUGUGGAAAAGUCUUUUCGGUGGUUCCGAGCGUCUGGACUACUUGGAGGACUUCCAGGACUUGUACACAUUCUCCGAAACCUUCGACAUGGAAGUCUUCUCCAUACCAUCUGCAGGCCUCUUCAUGGCUGCUGCCAACAGGGACUCUGGGCCCGGCUCGGGUAUCUAUAGGUGGACCAACGGGUCUUUUGGGCUUCAUCAGAACAUCAGCACUCAGGAGGCUCGAGCUUGGAAACAUUUCACCAUAGACGGCCAGUCUUUCCUCGUGGUGGCAAACUCAAAGGAGGUGGAGCCGGAGCUGUCAGUCAUCUACCGGUGGAAUGGGCGGCGGCAGCGUUUUGUGCGCCAUCAAACGUUGGAGACUCAUGCCGCUGUGGACUGGGAGGCCUUUCACAUGCACAACCACAGCUUCCUGGUGGUAGCCAAUCACAGACGAGGUCAACAAGAAGUAGACGUGUCAUGUCAGAAUAUUGAAUUCUGUUGGCUGUCGAGCAAUGACAUGAAAACGAAUGUCUCCAUCCUGUGUGCAGCCAGAGACUCCAAUCACAACAUCAACAGUGUCAUCUACAGGUGGAACCAAAAGUCCAAGCUCUUUGAGGUCAACCAGACCCUGUCCACCUCUGGAGCAUACGACUGGGAGUUCUUUACCAUUGGACCAUACCACUUCCUCGUGGUCGCCAACACCUUCGAUGGUCAGACCACCGUCAUCUCCUCAACCAUUUACGUCUGGCUGAAUGGACGUUUCCGCACCUUCCAGAACAUCCCGACGCUGGGGGCGACAGACUGGGAGACGUUUGAGAUCGAUGGCAGGUUCUUUUUGGCUGUAGCCAAUAGUCAGAAGGUGUCCGAACGAGGCCCGAGUCUCUAUAGCAUCAACUCCACCGUGUAUGAGCUCAGCACCAUCAGCUGGACCUUCAUUCGCUUCCAAGACAUCCUAACCCACAGCGCCCUGGACUGGGAGUUCUUCACCGUGGGACAGGAGAAGUUUUUGGUGGUAGCCAACUCUCAUGAUGGAAGGUCAUACUCUGUGAAUAGUGUGGUCUACAGGUGGCAGGGCUAUGAGGGCUUUGUUCCUGUCCACAACCUGCCCACAUUCGGCUGCAGAGAUUGGGAACACUUCAGCACAGACAGAGGCUCCUUCCUGGUGUACUCCAGUGCCACCUCCAGACUCAGCAAGGUGUUCAAAUUCAGGACAUAUUGAUUGCCUCCUGCUCUUGAGAACUCGUUCCAGACCAUCCAUCCAUCUUCUACAGUUUAUCCUGUUCCGGGUUGUGGGUGACCUGGAGCUUAUCCCAGCUAACUGUGCUCCAAAGCCAGAUUACAUCCUGGAAAGGAUGUCAGUCAGUCACACGGCAUAUAGCGACAGACAACUAUUCACAACGGUCCCUGAAUCUGAGAGGGAAUCGAUCUUACUACACUAUCAGCGAGUUUUUCCAGACCUAAAAAUGGAAGCUCUCACUUGCAACCAACAUCAGCACUGACGUUAGCGCUUGCACAUACCUAAAACAUCACAGCUAAAGUGCGGAUAAUGCCUCUGCGUAGUCACUACGCCAUCUUGAUCCUUUUUAUAGCUCUUUGUCAGGGUUGAGUGCGCGAUGACGCCCAGUUACAUUACGAGCGGUCACAUUAACAGGCGGUAAAACACACAGCCGCACUAGCAUGCGCCGCUAAACUAAACUAACCCAACUGGCUUCCAUUCACGCUCCGUCAGAGAGGAGUUUUAAAGUUGUUUUGCCAACUUUUGCCGGUUGUUAAACGACAAACUUAUAACUAAGCUAACUGCUUGCUAGUAGCAUCAACAGCCAUCGCUAUUUGUAUCACAUACACACAAGUACUUUGAUAAAAGUACGGAGCUAGGAUGCCAAUGCUGCAUUCCAGGAAACUACCUCCCACUAGGAGUUUGAUGCCCUCAGGAAUACAGCAGAAGUGUGGUUCCAGGAAGCUGAUGCUGCCUUGUCUGCUGCUGGAGGGAAGCAGAAAAUAUCCUUUUUGAAGCUUCCAAGGUCCAAACGUAACGCUUUAGGGAUGGGAAUGCCGUCUCUUUGAAGAGACCAGGACCUUAUGGCUGAACUCACUAAAAAGAGACGGCUCUUUGGCUCCCAAGUGUCUUAUUUUUUUCUUCUUAAUUUAUUACCAGAAUAUUACUAAAGUUAUGUGUAAAAUCGAUUACUAAUGUACAAAACAUAUAAAUGUUUAUUAUUUAUAUAAAUA